CAAAUACGUACCCACGACACAGCACAACGACGCCAUAUUGCAUUCGCUUUAUUUCGUCCGCGGGUUGCCAUAUUUUUGACACCUUUAUUCGAACAAACCAAACCAGAAAUAUAUUCAAUUGAGGAAUUUAGAUAAAUCCACUACAAAUUCGUUAAUUCACAACAAAAUAUCACCAGCAAGUCACGAUUACUGAAACUCCAUUUCAUUGAAAGAGCGUAGAAACUAAUUCAUACAUACCGUGAAACUCUUAAGUCCUUUGCUCAAGAAAGGGAUAAACAAUAACACGUACACAAAAGUUUGGAUUAACUUGUCAACUGGGCUUUAAAAAUCUCAUGACAAAUGUAACAGAAAUCUCGAGUAGAGUUGGUUUAUUAAUCAGUGUUUUAAUCGACAUUAAACUUGGAUAUUUGAUGAUAUUUAGACACGAUAAGAUACCUGCUAAUAAAAUAUAAAUAAACGUUUAUAAAGGAUGCAAAGAUUGAUUGAUAUAAUAAGUUACAGAAUAAAAGUGCGGCAAGGGCAAAUACCGGACAGCAAACGGUUGGAUAACCAAAAACGAAAACUACGAAUAUAAAUUUAAUUUAUAAGGUGUAAAUCAAAAGCGUAAAAAAAAGGAUUGUAUAAUAACAUUAGAUAGAAAUGGCGCACAGAUUGAUUCAAUCGGCGAAAGCGAUGGAACGGUGCCUUCGUAGAAGUUAUGUUACCAACAAUUUAAAUUUGAGAGUUUCUAAUCGAAAUGUCAUGGGAGCACCUGAAUUUAUUCAAACGCCAGUAAUACAAUUCUUGUUGGAACAAGUGCAAUACUUUUGCAAAAAACCACCAAAAGGGUUUGAAAAAUACUUUGAAGAAGGCAAGUCAGUGGACAAGAAAAGAUCUGAUAGUGAAACUUCUAAAUCGAAAGAGAGUAAAUCUUCAGUUGGUAAAGAAACUAGCUCCAGUACAUCUUCAACAAAUAAAAGUGAUUGGAGUUUUGGUAUGUUUACAAACAGUUCAAAAGGAUCACAAGAAAAUCGUGGAACUGGUGGAGGCGGUGGUCGGCCAAUAGGAGAAGGUUCUGGAGGCGAUCGGGAGAAAUGGAUACUUUUUGGAGGUUUAAGCGCGGUUGCAUUGCUGGCGUCAAUAGCAUUUUUUGAAAUGGGAUAUAAAGAAAUUUCAUGGAAGGAGUUUGUUAAUAACUAUCUAAAUAAGGGUCUGGUGGAAAAAUUGGAGGUGGUCAACAAGAAGUGGGUUCGCGUGCGUAUACUUCCAGGAAAUUCACAAGAUGCUAGUGGUGUGCUUUGGUUUAACAUCGGAAGUGUAGACUCUUUUGAACGAAAUUUAGAAUCUGCACAGACAGACCUUGGUAUUGAACCACUCAAUUACGUUCCUGUAAUAUACCGCACGGAAGUAGAAGCAUCAGCUUUAACGGGUCUUUUGCCAACACUCCUUAUAAUCGGAUUUUUGGUUUACAUGAUGCGACGCUCAGCUGAUAUGAUGGGCGGUGGUCGUGGAAGAAAAGGCGGUGGAUUAUUCGGGGGCGUAAUGCAGUCCACAGCGAAACUUAUAAAUUCAAACGAAAUUGGCGUACGCUUUAAGGAUGUUGCAGGUUGUGAGGAAGCAAAAAUCGAAAUUAUGGAAUUUGUGAACUUCUUAAAAAAUCCGCAACAAUAUAUUGACCUCGGCGCAAAAAUACCAAAAGGUGCUAUGCUUACAGGUCCACCUGGAACUGGAAAAACGUUGUUAGCAAAGGCAACCGCUGGUGAAGCGAAUGUUCCUUUUUUAAGCGUAUCCGGAUCCGAGUUUCUGGAGAUGUUUGUUGGUGUAGGUCCGUCACGUGUUCGAGAUAUGUUUACGAUGGCUAGAAAACAUGCUCCCUGUAUUUUGUUUAUUGACGAAAUUGACGCGGUUGGACGAAAACGUGGUGGUAAAUCUUUUGGUGGACAUUCCGAACAAGAAAACACAUUAAAUCAAUUGCUGGUUGAAAUGGACGGUUUCAAUACGACCACUAAUGUUGUGGUGCUAGCUGCGACUAACCGUGUUGAUAUAUUAGACAAAGCGCUGAUGCGUCCAGGAAGAUUCGAUCGUCAGAUAUUUGUUCCAGCACCUGACAUAAAAGGACGUGCCAACAUUUUUAAGGUACAUCUGGGUCCUUUAAAGACUGAUUUGGAUAAGCAAGAUCUUGCUCGUAAAAUGGCAGCAUUGACACCUGGCUUUACCGGCGCGGACAUUGCGAAUGUUUGCAAUGAAGCUGCUCUUAUAGCUGCACGUGAUUCCUUGGAUUCAAUUAUGAUGAAAAAUUUUGAACAAGCGAUCGAGCGAGUGAUAGCGGGUAUGGAGAAAAAAACGAAUGUAUUAGCUCCAGAAGAAAAAAAAACAGUAGCACAUCACGAAGCGGGCCACGCGGUUGCGGGUUGGUUCUUGGAGUACGCAGAUCCACUGUUAAAAGUUUCAAUUAUACCACGAGGAAAAGGUCUUGGAUAUGCCCAGUAUUUGCCUAAAGAUCAGUACUUACUAUCACAGGAACAACUUUUUGAUAGAAUGUGCAUGACACUGGGUGGACGAGUUGCGGAGGAGUUAUUCUUUAAUCGUAUUACAACUGGAGCACAGGAUGACUUGAAAAAGAUAACGGAUAGUGCUUACGCCCAAAUUGUUCGAUUCGGCAUGAACGAGAAGGUUGGUCAAGUUAGCUUCGACGCGGGCCAGCAGGGUGAUGCUGUUUUCACUAAGCCCUAUUCGGAAGAAACUGCGCAAUUGAUUGAUAAUGAAGUUCGUGUUCUUAUUCAUAAAGCUCAUCAACGCACCACAGAAUUGCUUACUAAACACAAAGAAGAUGUCCGCCGAGUAGCUGAGCGCCUAUUGAAGAAUGAAAUCUUGAGUCGCGAUGAUAUGAUUGAACUGCUGGGUCCACGGCCAUUCAAAGAGAAGUCUACAUAUGAAGAAUUCGUUGAAGGCACAGGUUCUUUCGAAGAAGACACAUCAUUACCAAAGGGUUUGCAAAAUUGGAACAAGGAAAAAGAAGAGGAGAGUAAAGAAACACCACCGCCGAAACCUGUCCCAACGCCCUAAAUAUUCUGUAGAUACGAUAUUUGCUGUUCGAGCGAUUCUGAGUCAUUAUAAGCUUUAAUGCUAGUUCUUUUUGUUUUCUUGUUAAGUUUUGCAAUCUGUGUGCUGCAUCGGAAUAUCAAGAGAGAAGUCAAAUAUGUAAAAUAAAAAUUGAAGCGAUAAUCUUCAAUAAAAACAUUGAAAAAUAAAGUUUUUCAUACA